CCUUUGAAGUGACACGGCCGUCCAGGCUCGGAUAACAAACCCUUGUACUGUGCUUUCCACGAAGCGUGUCAACGAUCCGCGGACUAGCUUCAGUUCUGCAUGCCAUAAACCUCUUGUUAGGGAUUAUUUGAUAUUUUUUCAUUAUGGGGUUGAGGGCGGCCUCUCUCUUCGCCCUGAUUUUCCUUGUUUGCAGAAUAGCGAAUUCACAGGAUCAAAAUGAUGAGGAAUGCAAUUGUAAAGCGGGACCCAAAGGUUCAAGGGGAAGACCAGGAAAAACUGGUGUCAAUGGCCCACCAGGAGAGGAGGGUCCUGCUGGAAAAGAUGGAUUACAAGGCCCCAAAGGCUACAAGGGGGAGGCUGGAGUACAGGGCCCUACAGGAACACAAGGAGAUCAGGGAAUGAUUGGAGUGCCUGGAUUUCCUGGCAUCAAUGGUAUACCUGGAGUCCCAGGAAUUGCUGGACCAAAAGGUUUCAUGGGACUCUGCGGAUGUGAUGGUGAUAAGGGAGAACCUGGCCGCACAGGAACAGAUGGUACAAUAGGGGUAGCAGGAGAUCCUGGAGAGCAAGGACCUAAAGGCCCUGUGGGUGACCCCUAUGAUGGGCCAAUUAUUGCAACAAAAGGAAAGCCGGGUGACACAGGAGCCAAGGGAGAAAUGGGGCCAUCAGGCCCUCUUGGAGAAGUUGGUCCCCCUGGUAUACCUGGAAAUCAAGGCCCCAUUGGUGAGAGGGGUGAAAAAGGGAAGCAAGGACCUCAAGGAGAAGAUGGUUCACCAGCUGAUGGGGAUCUACUGUUGUUGGAAGGAGAGAAAGGAGACAUGGGUCUACCUGGAGAGGAAGGAGAUCGAGGCGAAUUUGAAAUUGUUGGUCCACCUAAAGGAAUUAUUCAAGAUGGGCAGAAUAACACGGGACAAAAGGGUGAACCAGGAUCUCCUGGUAGUGAUGGUGCCAAGGGAGAAAAAGGAGACCCGCCAACAGAGAGGGGUAAAAAAGGAGCGCAAGGACCAGUUGGAGACCCAGGCCCUGUUGGAGUAGAGGGUGAUCCUGGAGAUGAGGGAAAUGCUGGAGCCAAGGGAGAUAAUGGAACCAUUGGUGCCCCGGGUGAGCCUGGGCCUCAAGGUGAACCGGGUAGACCUGGCCCUGACGGUGACAAGGGUUUGAAGGGUAACCCUGGACCUGCUGGCCCUACUGGUUCAACAGGAGAAAGAGGGGGUGGAGUGCCAGGCCCACCAGGUGGUCAGGGAAUGAAAGGAACGGCUGGACGUCCUGGUGAGAGUGGACCGUCUGGUGAACCAGGAGAUACAGGACCCCCCGGUUUUCCAGGUGCUUCUGUAUUUGGACCCAAAGGCGAAGUUGGUGAAACAGGGCCAAUUGGUCCCCCAGGGGCACCUGGUACUCCAGGUGUUCAAGGUAUGCUGGGAGAUCCUGGACUACCUGGUGAAGAGGGGCCGCAAGGUAGUAACGGUUCACGCGGCGAACCAGGAGUUGAUGUAACUGGACCCAAAGGUAUGGAUGGGCCACCAGGACAAAAAGGAUUUGUUGGAGUUCAGGGCGAGUUAGGACCCAAAGGAGAAAAAGGUAACCAGUCUGUUUUUUUACCCCUCGAAGUGGCUGGCGUAAGUCGACCAACUUUACCCUUUAAAUUGCUUGAAAACGGUUCAGACUCACAAACUGAGCCAUUGUUUUGUCCAGAGACUACCUGUCCACCUCCCAAAGUCGGUGCUAAGGGGCCUCCAGGGUCACCAGGAAAUGCAGGAGAGAGGGGCAAACAAGGAUUACCAGGAGAGCAAGGUGGAAAGGACAAGUGUCCUGAUUGUCCGCCAGGACCCCAAGGUCCUAAGGGGGCUAAAGGUAUGCCCGGUGAAAAGGGACUUCCUGGAAUGAAUGGUACAGAUGGAAACAAGGGUGCAGAGGGACCGACUGGGCAACGUGGUCCACAAGGCCCUGAUGGUUCACCUGGACAGAAGGGUUCUAAUGGUUUUGAAGGAGACCAAGGGAAAAAAGGAGAAAAGGGUGAUGCGCCUGUUGGUGAAAGAGAAGAGGUUUAUCAGCCGCCAGGUCCGCAAGGUGACGAAGGAAGCCCUGGUUCAAAGGGUGUGCGUGGAUCUGCUGGUAAUAAUGGGUCUUCUGGACUCCGUGGUCCGAGCGGAGAAAAAGGAGAUGUGGGAGCACCCGGAAUGUCGGGUCUUGAUGGUUUUCCAGGUACAAAUGGUCUACCAGGAGACCGUGGUUCCAAAGGUGAGACUGGUGACAAAGGUGAUCGUCCCAUCGUACCCGUGCCCGAUAUGGGUAGAAAAGGAGAAAAAGGAACCGAAGGAGAUAAAGGAGCUAGGGGAGAAAACACAAGACCGACUGAUGCGCGGUUUUUAAGCGGUGAAAAAGGUGACAACGGUACAGUAGGAGUGAAAGGAAAUGCGGGAGUGGUUGGAGUUCAAGGAUCGAGAGGCGUAAACGGAAGUACGGGAGCCGCCGGGGAAAAGGGAAUACCAGGAGAGAAUACUCAAGGUCCCCCUGGACCCGCCGGUCCUCCAGGUCCAAAGGGAUCUAUAGGUGGUAGAGGUGAAAGAGGAGCCAAAGGUGACUUAGGAAUGGACGGAUGGGAGGGACCACCAGGAAGAAAUGGAUCAAAGGGAAUGCCAGGUGAACCUGGUGAUCGUCAAGAUGGACCCAAAGGUAAAGACGGUGAAGACGGACAGAAAGGCGCUAGAGGGGUCCCAGGUGAAGGCGGCGUGGUUGGAUUUCCAGGUGACCCAGGUGCUAAUGGAGAGGAUGGUUCCGCUGGGCCGAAAGGACUGCCGGGACAGCCUGGAGCCCAGGGCCCCAAAGGAAAUCAGGGAACUAAGGGCGAGCUUGGUGACAGCAUAAGCGGUCCUCCGGGUGAACCUGGAAUUAUGGGUCUACCAGGUGUCCCAACUAAAGGCGAGAGAGGAGAACCGGGCUCAAAAGGAGAUGCAGGUUCGCCGGGAACACCUGGACAAAACGGUCCUCCGGGUAAUCCUGGUGACGAUGGGCCUCUUGGUGACCCAGGUAACCCAGGUCCACAAGGAAUGAAGGGAAGAACAGGAGUCAUUUUGUGUGGUCAGGAAAACGCUGACUAUGCCUUCCUCAUGGAUGCAUCUCGUAGUAUUCUCCCAAACGAAUUUCAGUUGGUGAAAGAUUAUGUAAAGGACGUUAUUGAAUACCUCAGCAUUGGCCCCGCUCUCACCCAUGUCGGUGUCAUUGAAUACAGCAAGAGCGCCAAAAUGGAGCUAGCUUUUGACAAAUCGUAUGAUAAAGAGGAAAUAAAAAGGAUCGUAGACAAAGUACCACACACCAAGGGUAUUACACGAAUCGAUCUGGCCCUGCAGGUUGCCUCACAGGAAUUAUUUACUGCAGCAAUUGGAGGAAUGAGGAAUUCAUCCAGAAAGGUAAUGGUUCUACUAACAGAUGGUAACCAAACAGGAACAGAUGUUGCUCCAGACCAAGUACCCCUUGUUGAUGCCAUACAACCCAUUAAAGAUCUUGGGGUCAAGGUGAUUGCUGUUGCCAUUGGGAGUGUUGACCUUGAUCAGCUGCGUUUGUUAGUGACCGACAAUGAUGACAUUUUGAUCACACGAAGCUUUGCUGAACUUCAGAAUCUCGUUAGAACCACUGUCGAGAGGAGUUGCAGAGGUCCACUUGGCGAUCCUGGUAAGAAGGGACCAAAAGGUUUACCAGGUGAACCAGGAGGAGAAGGGGCGGAGGGUUUCCCAGGGAUGCCAGGAAAUCAAGGACCUAAAGGAGAUCCGGGUCCCACAGGGCCACCAGGUACUCGCGGCGAGGGUGGAGAUAAAGGAUUCACUGGAGAUGAAGGACCCCCAGGCUUAGUAACUCCAGGUUCGAAAGGACUUAGAGGAGAUCCUGGAGAUCCGGGAUUGCCUGGUGAUCCCGGUCUUAGUGGACUGGAUGGUGAACAAGGAUCGAAAGGUGUCCAAGGACAACCUGGAUUUCGUGGCAAUAAUGGUGUUGUCGGACCUGACGGCCCACCUGGACCUCCAGGAGAAGCAGGAGCUGUCGGUGAACAAGGUACAAUUGGUGGUCCAGGGAUGACAGGAUUUAAUGGAAUGGACGGAGAUAUGGGUCCUCGUGGAGACUCUGGAGCAAGUGGCAGUCCUGGUCUCCCCGGACCUGAAGGCGAGCCAGGUUUGUUUGGUGAACCUGGGAUAGACCUACCAGGAGUAAAAGGCUCUCGUGGACCCAAAGGAGGAACUGGAUUGCCAGGUUUAGACGGAUUCCGUGGUAAAGGAGGUGAUGAUGGAUUGCCAGGCCCCCCAGGAAACUCCACACCUGGCGAACAAGGAGGAACCGGUCCUCCUGGAAUCAAAGGGGCGAAGGGUGACCCAGGUCCCCUGCCGGGAGACGGCGUGUCCCUUCCGUCUGGUGACCCAGGAGAUGCUGGAGCGGAUGGAAAAAUGGGUAUGCCUGGUUUAAAUGGUGACCAAGGACUAGAGGGACGACAGGGAGAGAGUGGAGCCACUGGACCCCCUGGGCAGGGAGGGGCUAUCGGUGAUCAGGGUGCCCUAGGCCCCCCAGGAGAAACUGGUGCACGGGGCAGGCCAGGGAUCUCUGGUGAACCGGGAGUAGAAGGAGAUCCUGGACCCGACGGUGCCAGAGGCGAUCAAGGAGACCAGGGAGAAGCUGGAUCUGACGGUUUAAAUGGGUUAAAUGGUGUAGGAGGGCCGGAAGGUGAAGCAGGGCAAGAUGGCGUGAGGGGACAAACUGGAGACGUUGGACCCCCAGGUGGGACUGGUUUAAUUGGCCUUAGAGGACAAAAAGGCCUUCCUGGCAUUACUGGUGUCAAUGGACCUCCAGGCUCUUCAGGAACACCUGGUGAUCAGGGCCCAACUGGGGAAGCAGGUGCUCGCGGAGAGAGGGGAGAUAUGGGACCACUAGGACCUAGAGGACCCAAAGGUUUAGUGGGACGUCCUGGUUUUAACGGAAUUAUUGGAGUAAAAGGCGAACAGGGGAGCAAUGGCACCAUUGGUAGCCAGGGCACAACAGGCGAGCCAGGCAACCCUGGGCCGAAAGGUGAACAAGGACCAACCACCAUCACUCCAGGACCAAGGGGUGAGAAGGGACGCCCUGGACUGCCAGGAAUCCCUGGCCUGGAAGGAAUCCCGGGCGAGACAGGACCCCAAGGCCCUCCUGGCAACCUUCAAGGCCCGAAGGGUAACAAUGGUCUGCCCGGUCUACCAUCAGAGAAAAAAGGACCAAGGGGCGAAACAGGACUUCCAGGAGAAGAGGGAAUUCCAGGCUUCCCCGGAGACCAGGGGUUACCUGGUCAACCAGGCCCCACGGGUAUCAUAGGUAAGGCAGCAACAGGUGAAGGUUACCACUUGGUGGUCCACAGCCAAUCUACUGAAAUACCUGACUGUCCGCUGAAUCUGACUAGACUGUGGACUGGCUACAGUUUGCUGUACGUUCAAGGUCACGAUACUUCUCAUGGACAAGAUCUCGGUGCGUCUGGAUCGUGUAUGAGACGUUUCACCACCAUGCCAUACCUUUUUUGUAACAUAAACCAACAGUGCUACUACGCUUCGAGAAACGAUUACAGUUAUUGGCUGACCACAGAUAUACAGAUUCCCAUGAUGCCAAUCAGUGCUCCCGCUGUUGAGCCGUUUGUCAGUAGGUGUGCUGUGUGUGAGGCACCUGGGCCUGUUGUUGCCACUCAUAGUCAAUCCACACAAAACCCAGACUGUCCUGCCGGCUGGCAAGCCAUUUGGAAUGGAUUCAGCUUCUUGAUGCAUACUGGUGCUGGUGGAAGUGGUAGUGGUCAAUCGCUUUCCUCUCCGGGAUCUUGUCUCAGAACUUUCCGUCACAAUCCUUUCUUUGAAUGCCAUGGUCGUGGUACCUGUCACUAUUUCGCUAACAAAUACAGCUUCUGGCUCUCCACCGUUGGACAGAUGUUCGUUGCACAGACGCCAGAGACCCUAAAACCUGGAAAUCUCCUGAGUCGUGUCAGCCGUUGUACUGUUUGUUACCGGGUUGCCAGCAAAAAGAAGAAGCGUCGUCAUGCCUUGUACCCCAGAGUGUUACCAGUACAGAAGAAACUUUCUUCAGCGUCACUGAAGCUUCAAUCAGCGGCGCAGCGGCUGUCACGUCAGUCGUAGGUAAUAAUGACAACUUGGAUUCGGACCUGACUAUGACCAAUAUAAAACAAAUUGAAUUUUUAAUAAUCUUUUUCUUGCCUCGACACAAAUGCUCCUAGUCAAAAUAAGCUGUUUGUGACAGUUUUGUACUUGUUAAAAGCCGUUUCACCAAAUCUUAAACCCUUUCAGUUGAGUACUGCUGCUUCAAUGCCAAGAAUGUCCAGAUUGGAAUAUAAAAAAGCUCACUAAAUGCGAGCAAAAAUAGUUAUAGCGUAUUUACUUUUUAACCACCUCGUAGUAUAAUGAUUAGUUCUUGUGAAAGCACGUUUCAUAGUCAUUACAAAAAUACUGCGUCACAAGGACAUGGAACAAUUGCCAUGGUACGUAUUUGCUAGGAAAAGUACCAUUGUUUGCUACCAAUUUGCAUUGCAGUUGUGUUUGAGGUUGUUAGUUUGUGAUACGUGAAAGUUUGGAGUACUUUUCUCUCAGGAAUUUAAGUUGAAAAUGAUAAUAUUUGCCUUUAUCUUUAGUUUAGUCAAAACAAUUUUUUGUUUUGUUUUGUCUGUUUGACCGUUUUUGAGGCUAAUUUAAAAAAAAAAAAAAAAAAAAAAAAGGUUCAAAACUUCGAAUGGUUUAGCGUCCUUUUAGUAGCACCAUUUCCACAAUCUCUGUAUUUUAAUGAGAUUAUAGUAGCCUAGCCGCUUGACUUCUCUAAUUUUUUUCCUCUUAUUUAUGUUUAAUUUUGAAGCCAUAGCUCAAGUUUCGUUUGUAAUCUCAAAUCAACGUUUGUUGUGUGGCCAAAGCGUUACAAACUUGCGGUACGGAUUACCUGUCCGGCAUUUAUUAAUACCUCUUUAUCACAAUUAUAACUUUAUUGAAAGACGUUUUUCGUUUUUUCCUAGUACUUUUGUACUAUAAAUAGCCCCGAUAUUCGGUCAAACUUAAGUUGGUCGGGCGAUGGUUUACCGACUCUCCACCUAUUGUCCGCCAAUUCCCCGUUAGUCUAAUGUACACCGAGCUGCCGAUCGAUUAUCGAUUACGUAUCGAAUGAGGCUACCUCAAGUAUAUUUCUUAGAACCGGACAGGUCAUCUCAAAAUCCGUAGUUUCUAUACUUUUGAGCACAAUGUCGUCUUCCUUUGACAUUUUUUCGCAUCACAGAAACAUUUGAAACUGCAAAUGCUCUGGUUAAAAAAUUCAUAGGAGACAAAAAAUGACUGGCGGCAGUGAGGAUCAGGGAGUUAUUUACCCUGACUUUUUUAAAAGCUGGAAAAUCUAAUGGUAUCAAUGACUUUCUUCAAACGAAAGUAUUUAGUUUCCACAAAUAUUUUUAUAGUUUCCAACCCAAGCAUUCGAGCACAAAAGUCGAAAGACUGUUUCAAAUUUUGCUAACAGAACGAUAACAAAAACAUAAAAGACAACAGUUCGGAACGACUUCUCGUUUUCCCCAAUUUUCAUGUCGUAUAGGUUCAGUUAAAAUCUUAACAUGUUCAGUUUGGGGAAGUAAAAGGGGAAAGUCGUUUGACAAGCACAGUUGUUUUUCAGUGUUAGAAAUAUAUUUUAAAAUUUUAAUUUCCCUCUCAAGUAAUAGUCUUUCAUUGGAAUGUCACACAACAGAGUGUUGCGUGACAUCCAAACAUCGCCACACGAUUAGGUUGUAAUUCAGGGUCUUAAAACGCUAGUUUUGUCAUAUUUGUUAGAUAAAAUGAAUCGGAUCGAAAUUCCUAAUUAGACUAUUAGAUCCUAUAAGACAUAAUAAUAGUAGAUUUUUUUCUAUAAUAAGCUUAAUAAUCUUUUGAAUGCAUUUACGAACUGUAUAUUUUAAACUUGUGUUAGCUAUUAGAUUUUUUUAAUUGUAAAAUUAAGGUCAUAAUGUUGAUUGCAAUUUGGGGUAUCAUUAAUAAAAUUGUUUUACUGUACUGCGUUAA